AAAGGAGGGUGAAUCAUUUUUAUAGAGACUGUGCAUAUAUUUCAGUUGCAAGAUGUGGAGCUAUUUCAUAGGGCAGUUUGUGUGGGAUCUUUAUUUUGAAAGGCAUUUUAUCACUAUCAAUCAUCUUGACCUUUGACAUUUUACUGCCUUGCUUCUCAGCUCAGCUCUACUUCAUCCACCCAUUUUGUUUACAUUCAUGAAAUGUUUAACUAGAGUUAAGCAAUCCGCGAUAAAAUAUCUGACUAACCGGCCAACCUCGCAGCUUUGUGUACAAACCACGCACAGUUUGUAAGAAAGAAGACGUCUGAGUAACAAAACCUGUUGGAUGAGAUGCCUGAGACGUAACUAAUGAAUGGCAGGACUUUCAACAGCAGCUAAAACCUUCCUGAGACCUGCGAGAGUUCAUGUUUAUGGUUGUUUCAUACUGUACGGUGAGCAUUCAGAGGACACUGCACGUGUAAGUACAUUUUAGAUUUUCCUAUUUUAGAGGAAUUCUUCAAGUUAGCUGUGUUUUCUUGUUACAUUUCUUUUAUUGGAGUGCUUGUUAAUGUACUGUGAUUGCUUUGUUAAGCUAAAGUAUCCUCUUUAAAAUAUUCUUGGUUGCCUCAGUCUGUUAAAUCAUGUCUUUUCUAGGACUGACAAGCAGAAUCACAAUGGAAUUUGCUUGUGGGUUUGUUUAUGUGCCACCACCGUCGAGUCAGAAGGACAGCCAACGAUCCAAUGCCAAUAUCAUUAAACGCUCAGCUCUCCUUCCUCCUGUUAACCGCAUCCGUCCAAGCAAUCCUCCUCCACCUCCCCCCACGAGUUCUGCAAAAUCACCGAAAGUCAUCCAGUCUUCUCCUAAGAUCAUUGAACAGUUGGAAAAGAGCAGGGACGUGAAGAAGGUGGGGAAGCCCAAUCCCGUCUACGAAAACGCAGCAUUUCACAAUAAACUGGAGGCAGCUUCUUUCGUCAGUGCGGUUCCUCAGAAAACAUCACCUUCUCGAAAAACAGCUCUUCUUCCCCCACAUAUGAGACCUUCAGGAAAUAGCCAGUUCCAUUCUCACAACCAGCCACUCACCUCCCACAACACCAACAGUCAGACGUUUACCUACGACCUACCAAAAGAUGAGCUGGAUUUAAAUGCCAAACUCCACGACCCAAACUACUCCUACAACACACCAGAAGGCACCCAGGGUGAGGUGAAGCUGCCAGCUGAUAUUGGCCCUUUGCCAGCAUCAGCUCCAGCUCUACCUCCAAGACCUUCAUUUAUGAGGUCGCUGCCAGAGUACCUGUUGCUUUUACCCUCAUCACCAUCUUCUCCGUCCUCCUCUCAGAAGUCUUCUUCAACUCAACCACUUGCCACAUCACCUGCUGAAGAUAAAGGGCCUCUGCCUGGAAAUCCUAACGUGCUCCUCCUCAGCUUAGAAAAAAUCAUUUCAGACGAAAGAGUGCAACCCAUACAAGGGGAACCCACGUCCUGCUCCCAGUGUGGCUCAGUGCUGGACACCUGCUAUGAUAAUGUGGUUAAUGUGUGUUACUUCUGUCAAGAACCGAAUUUGAGCGGCUCUCCCAGGCUAUCACAGAGUUCCCUAAAUGGUUACCAGGAAGGUCUCUUUUUCCUCAACCCUGAUGAAAAACCCAUGUGUGCAGCUGACGCUCUGCUGCUCUUCUGCAUUGACAUCUCAGGCUCCAUGAGCAUCACCUCCCAGGUGACAGAGGGAGAGCAUAUUGUUCACAAAUCCCGUCUCCAGUUUGUCCAGGAAGCUGUGUUACAGAGUGUCCACAAACUAAGUGUGCAACAAUGUGACACACGAGUGGGGAUUAUCACCUUCAACUAUCAGGUGAUAAUGCAUGGAAAUGAGAAUGUCAGCUCACGUUGUCUGAGCGGCGCUGAGUUGAUGGACAGCAACUACCUGAAAGAGGCUGCAGCCAGUUUUCCCAUUCCACCUCCAAUUUCACAGACCAAGAACUGCUUACACAGACAAGUUAUGGGAUUAUCUGCAAGUGGAACCACAGCUCUGGGUCCAGCUGCUCUCCUUGCAAUUGCAACAGCCUCCAGACAGCCGGGCUCAAAGGUGAUUAUCUGUACAGAUGGGAAGGCCAACACUGAGUUGGGGAAUCUAGAAGUGGAGGAUAAUGACGCUCGCACCCUCCUCUCAUCCACCAUCUUCUACCAGGAGCUCGGGGAGUACGCUGCUAAUCAGGGUGUGACAGUGUCUGUGCUGUCCAUAGAGGGAACAGACUGCAGGCUGGAUGAGCUGGGAAGACUUGCUGAUCGCACUGGUGGGAAAGUGGUAAUAUCCAGUCCCAUCAGGCUGCACCCAGAAUUUGAACAGAUUAUUGAAAACAGGACCAUUGCUACGCACUGUACUAUAGCAUUACUGCUGCCAAAAUCACUGCGAAUGAGAGGAGAGAGGGAGGCAGGACACAAAGGGACCAGAGAGGUGGGGAACGUGAACCCAGGGACAGAGCUCACCUUGCAGUUUGGUGCCAAUGAACAGGACACAGAAGUGCCAGCUCCAGCUUCUGGCAGCCGUGUGUCCAUCCAGCUGCAGAUCAGGUACAGGCGGAGGAACGGACAGAGGAUGCUCAGAGUGUUAACCACAGACCGAGAUGUUACUGAUGACAGCUCGGCGGUCCUGUCCUCUCUGUCUCUGGCCAUCAUUCAGCUCAACUCGUCACAGGCCAGCGCCGCUCUGGCAGUCAGAGGCCGCUUCCUCGACGCCAGAGAGGAAGGAGAGCUGCAGAGGAAGCUUAUUGAGAGAGCAAUAGAGCAUAAUCGCAGCGCAGAGGACAAAGAAAUAUACCAGAACUGGGUAAAAACCAUGGAGCCAAUAUACAACAACAUACACAACUUCACAAGGAGAAAAUCAGUUGUUUCGGACUCACAGUCUCUAACAGAUGCUGGUGCAGCGCUGCUCUACGCCAUGAAGCACAGCAAUAGGAAGUCCAUCUCACUGAAGAAUAAACAGAAACUCUAGCCAACAGUCCUGCUGCACCUUUCACCUCAUUGGAAGCAGCUCAAGUCAUAAAUGGCGACGCUGAACAGUGCAGUUAGACUUUGAUUAGCUGGCUGAAUUCAUAUCCUUCAAAUAUUUCACAAUGUAAAUAAUGUAUUAAAGCAAAUUGCACAAGUCUUUUCUCA